AUGUUAAUCAAACAACCAUUUUUAACAGGGUUCUUCCUCUUCAUAAUUCUUUGCAAUUCGUUUUGUAAUGUUGCUGGUGACACCGUGGUGGAAGGUCCCCCAAUUAGCGGAUGGAUUCCUAGAGAAACUGAUAUUGAUCGUAGUGAAAUUCCAAAAAAUAUAAUGGUUGUAAAUAGUUUAGAAGGAUGGAGUCAUAUUCGAUAUACUUUGACGAUUGGAAACGUCUUGGCUGAUCGUGAUUCAGUAGAUAUAAGAUAUCAAAAAGAUAUAGUUUACGGAGAUUAUGACUUAACAGCAGCUGCCGAUUUGAUCGGACGUCAAGCCAGAUCCUUUAAUGAAACUUUUUUAAAACUGAAGAAAAUUUCAGAAGAGCUUGUUAAACCAGAUUUAUUCAUCUGUUCUGCAGUGUAUAAUGAAGCAUGUUUCGAUGUCGCUUGGGCAAUGAAGAAGCCAUCAAUUGGAGUAGCUACUAUAUUUGUUGGAGGAGUGCAUUCUCCUUACAAAUCGGAGCCUAUUUUUAUGCCUGGAUGUAAAGUUAGCAUGGAACAUGAAUCAUUUUGGCAAAGAUUUAUUUGCGAAAUGUUUAUACCCUUUAGGUUUCUGUGGAAAUUAGAUCCCGUCUUUAAAAAAUUUAAUGAAUUAAGAGUUAGUAUGGGCUUACCAAGCCAAAGAACUACAUUCGAUUAUUGGAAAAAUUCUCUGUUUUUGGUUGACAAUUUUUUUGGUGUUGAGAUUGCACAUCCCUUGCCUCCAAAUUGCCAGGCAAGUCUUUUUAAAGUUGAUAUUGGGCCACUUUUUCCAGAUUAUUUUCCACCGUUGACACCGGAUCUCGAACAAUUUAUUACGGCGCAUAAACGUACGAUGUUUGUAGCUUUAGGAACGCAUAUAUAUCUAACACCCGAAAACAACAUGAAAUUAUUACAAUCCCUUGUUGAAACCGUUGAAAACGAUAUUGUUGAUGGAGUUAUUUGGUCCCUGGGUAAAACCAAUAAGGAUGAAUUCGAACCUUCAAUCACCUUAUCGAAUGGUAGAACCAUUUCCACCCUGGAUGUAUUAAAUAAUAAAUAUCCAAACGUUCAUAUAACUUCUUAUGCACCUCAAUUUACCAUCUUAAAUCAUACAAACGUAAAAGUAUUCUUAAGUCACGUGGGAUCUGGUAGUAUAUAUGAAUCUUUAUAUACUGGAACGCCAAUACUUGCAUUACCAAUUUCUUUGGAUCAACCUAGUAAUGCCGACAAAUUGGUGUUAGCCGGUGUUGCCUUACGAUUGAAUAAAUAUAAUCUCCAAGUAAGUGAAGUAUUAGAUAAGGCCGAACGUUUGCAAAAGAAUGAAACGAUACAAUUGAACGUGAAAAGGCUUAAAACUUUGGCCAUGAUUAAUAGUAAAAGGAAAUAUAGAGCCGCUGAUUUGGUCGAGUUCGUCUUGCAAGUUUCAGCGUGGAGUCCAACGAAUGAGUUUAACGAAGGAUGGUUGUAUAAAGAGUGGGUUCCUCCCAAAAACAGAAUGGGAUUCAUUAAAGGAAAUUAUUUGGAUGUUUAUGCUACUGCGAUCGGAAUUGUAGUUGGUAUAUUCGCUGUACUGAUUUGGGGUGUUAUUAAAAUUGGAAAACUAAUCUAUGGAGGAUUAUUUAAAAGCAGAGGAGAUAAAACAAAGAAUGAUUGA